CAGCAAAGAGCCGCAGUCCCAUGCUCGGGUCAGGGAUGCGCUCCGCGCAGCAGACAAAGGACGGAGCUCUGUGCUGUGGGUGGUAAUUAUCAGGGAGCUCAGAAGAGGAAGGAGAAGGAAAGGCAGUUGCUUCAACCAAACUUACUGCCACAUCACACGAGCUGCCUCCCCUGACGCGCAGCAUGCAUCUGGAAGCUUUGGCGCUGCUGUGGUCCUUGGCGUGGAGUUGCCUUUGCGCCCCGCAGCAGCCAUGCCAUCCAAGAGACGAAUUUUUAGGAAGAUGCAGCAGCCGCAGCGCACACGAUGAAACACCUACCUGCACAGAGCUGAACCUGGGCUACUGCAACGAUCUGGAGUACUCAGCAACCAUAUUCCCCAACAUUCUUGGUCACCGGAGCCGUCUUGAAGCUGAGUCAGGAGCAGAGUAUCUCCUCCUGAGUGUCAUCCACGGUCUCCUCAAUGGUGAGUGCUCCCCCGAGAUCCGUCUCGUAGGGUGUUCGGUGCUGGCCUCGCCGUGUCGGGACAACAAGAUGAUCAAACCGUGCCGCAGCACAUGCGAAGCAUUGAGAAAAGACUGCAUGCACGCCUUUGAGGCCAUAGAGAUGGCCUGGCCCUACUUCCUGGAUUGCGAUCGCUUCUUCGCCGCAAACGAGGAGGGCUGUUUUGACCCCCUGUCCGGGCUGAAAGCCAGACAGGAGGUGGCAUUGUCCAGUAUCUCUCCCGAAGAGCCGAGCACCAUCAUCCAGUUCAUCUACGCCUCUAACGCCCAGAUGUACAGCUUACUGAAGAGGACAGCAGCCAAGUGCUCCCACAUCUCUCACGUCUACAGCAUCGGACGAAGCACCGAAGGCAGAGAUCUGUUGGUGAUUGAAUUCACUGACAACCCAGGACAUCAUGAGCUGCUGGAGCCAGAGAUUAAGUUGAUUGGCAACAUGCAUGGAAAUGAGGUGCUAGGACGUCAGCUGCUCAUCUACUUAGCGCAGUACCUGUGCUCGGAGUACACCCUGGGAAACCAACGAAUUCAGUCCAUCAUUAACAACACUCGCAUUCACAUUCUGGCCUCCAUGAACCCUGACGGUUACGAGGUGGCCGCCUCAGAGGUAGAGGAAAGCAAUGACCCGGAGCUCUCCAACCAGGAAGGUCCUUUGCUAAAUGGAUGGACGAGCGGACGGGCUAAUGCUCAGAACCUCGACCUGAACCGCAAUUUUCCUGAUCUCACCUCCGUCUUCUACCGGAACCGUCGCAGCAGGCACUACCGCAUAGAUCACAUCCCAAUCCCUGACUCCUACUGGUUUGGGAAGGUGGCACCAGAGACCUAUGCAGUAAUGAAGUGGAUCAGGUCACUGCCAUUUGUUCAGUCCGCCAGCCUCCAUGGAGGUGAACUGGUGGUCUCCUACCCCUUCGACUUCUCCAGACACCCGCAAGAGGAGAAGAUGUUUUCACCCACUCCAGACGAACAGAUCUUCAAGCAGCUCGCUCGCACUUAUGCUGACGCUCACGCCACCAUGUCAAACAAUGACACGGAGCGGUGCGGGGCCUCUUUUUAUCGUAACAGAGGCAUCAUCAACGGCGCUCUGUGGUACAGUUUUGCUGGGGGUAUGUCUGAUUUCAAUUACUUGCACACUAACUGUAUGGAGAUCACAGUGGAGCUUGGCUGUGACAAAUUCCCUUCAGAGGCUGAACUCUACCCAGAAUGGAAAAGGAAUAAAGAAGCUCUGCUCAGUUUUCUUGAGUCUGUCCACAGGGGAGUUAAGGGUGUUGUGAGGGACACAAAUGGAAACGGUAUAAAAGGUGCAACUGUCUCAGUCAGGGGGAUUAGAAAAGAUGUCACUACAGCUGAGGAUGGAGAUUACUGGAGGCUGGUGAAUCCAGGAACUCACAUCCUGACAGCCACUGCCAAAGGUUACUCAAAGGUCAGCAAGAGGGUUUAUCUGCCUCACAACUUGAACAAGGCUGGACAGGUCAACUUUGUGUUAGAGAAGCUUCCCGUGGAGCCAGACAUAGAUGACCACCUCUUCCCCAUGGCAGACAGCUGGGAUCGAUUUGACCCCUAUAACCAGUUCGAGCGCCAUGGCGAGCCCGUUGUCACCGAGGAGGGAAUAGAGCGGCAGGAGAAACCGUGGUGGUGGAACUACUUCUCCCAGUCUGGCAUGUCAUCUCCAAACUGGCUGCUGAAAAAUGUAUAGAUAGAAGUUGGAAAUAUGAACAUCCAGAUGUGCUGAUACAUAAGAAUGAAUGGACCUACAUCCAAUGUCAUCUGUCCUUCCAGGAGUUGUAACACUGAUGUCAUCAGUCACCAAAAACUUCAUCUGUGCAUUUUCAAAAGAUUUGAAAUGACAUACUUAAGCUUUUUAGCAAAUAUUAUUCUGCAGCUGCAUUUAACUUGGGUUGAAAAAGUUAUAUAAAAUAGAAAGGAUAUGCAUACUAGAGACAUGAGUAGAAACAGGCACCUGAUAGGAUAGGAUUUUUAUUUCCAUUGAGCAGCAGAUUGAAAUAUUCUAGAUUUUAAAUUCAGGUUGGGUAAUAUUUCUAAUUUCUAAUAUUGCCAAAUGCAAAAUUUUCUUCUGUUUUUGUCUGUUGUUUUGUAGCUAAAAGGCAACAGUGGCACAUUUAAAACCAUUUGAACCACUAUUAAGCUUCUGCACUACUUCUGCUUCUGAUAAAAGCAGUUCUGCACCAUCACUGUGUUAAAUGGUUUGCUUUGAGUCUUGUUUCAGGUCAUAAAAAAAUAAAUCUAAGUCUAUACAUAUAAAAUUCUGUCACAUAUUUUAUCUCAAGGUUAUUUUGUGAAAAAGUCUAAAGAUUCUUGAAUUGCCUCACUUUGGACAGCAGAGGGCGAGAGCGAAUAAGUGAUGACCUCAGUUAUAGGCGCAGUUAUUGGAGAAUCAAAAACGUCAAAAGUUUAGCGCUUCAAUGUUAAUUUAAAAUCUCACUGUUCAUUGUCCUUAUUAUUGGGUGUCUGACAAACUGAAGAUGAAGAAGAGCGUAAAAAAGCUUUAUCCAUUGCUGUGACUUACCCACAACGAUCCUCUGGGUAAAAAAAAAAAAAAAACGCAGGCGGAAUAUUAUGUGCUGAUGUUCCUCCUUGAAAGCAAAGUGUUCUGUUUGGUGUGCAAAAUGUCUCCUGCACCCAAUUUUCAACUUUUUACCCGAGGGAUCUCAUUGUUUCAAAUAACUGGAUACUUUGUGAAAAAAUGAACACGUUUCUCCCUUAAAAGCACUUCGACAAUGACUUGAAAAUCAGAUGUCAUUUUCAGCAAACUGUUGCCGCAACAGCUGAUAGUUAAUGUAUUUAACAUUAAAGUACGAGUCUAAGUCUAAGUCUAUUUCAUGAACUAAAGUGAGAAGCAGGAAUAUGGUUUUGUCCAUGAUGUUGAUUUGUAUCCUGUAAGUUUUCCUUUGGAUUCUUUCAUAUUGAGAUUGGCCUAUUGGCUCAAGAAUCCAGUUAUUGUCGACUGAGGCCUCUGAAACCUUUUUUCUUUAUAUUUUUUGUUUUUGUUCAUGUUUCAAAGAUUCUGUGAUAAUGACGUGGAGCCAUAUCAACCACUGAAUUCUCAGCAUUCGGUGUUCUUUGCACGUACUGACUUCAGUCACUUCAAUUUUGAACAGAAGUGAUUUGCAGUAAUAAUAUGUGACUCUGUAUUUGUCCUGUCCUGGAAAGUAAAAUACAAUGUAAGAUAUUCCAGUAAAGCAGUAAAAACAAA